CUCCUAUUGGAGAAGACAUUCUUCUGCAUAUGGGCGUCAUCAUCAGACUAUAAUGCUACAGAUAGAACCAUACGAUUAGUUUUAAAAAUAUAUAUUUGGUUACGCUGUUUGUUGUAAGUGACCUGAUUGUACUUUUGCAGCGGAUCUGCAACAGGAAACCAUAAUCUCUUCCAAGUCUUUAGUUCGUGAUUUGUUGUCCAUAGGCAAAGUAAAAGAUGGCCCAGUGGUGCCAGCUGCAACUACUGGAGUCGAAAUACCUGGAGCAGGUCGACCAGCUCUACGAUGACUCCUUCCCCAUGGAUAUCAGACAGUACCUCAGCAAGUGGAUUGAGAGCAUCGACUGGGAAAAUGUGGCUGUUCAGGACUCCUUAGCAACAGUACGUUUCCAUGACCUCCUAGCCCAGCUGGAUGAUCAACACAGCCGCUUCGCUCUGGAAAACAACUUCCUGCUACAACACAACAUCCGCAAGAUCAAGAGAAACCUCCAGGACCACUUUCAGGAGGACCCCGUUCACAUGGCCAUGAUCAUCUCCAGAAACCUGAAGGAGGAGCAGAAGAUUCUGGCUGCUGCCAAAAGCAUAGAGACCGACAGAGAAAACACACAGACUAGCAUGGUUCUGGAGAAACAAAAGCUGGACAACAAAAUCAAAGACAUGAAAAACAAGGUUCAGGAAGCGGAUCAGAAUGUAAAGUCUCUGGAAUACCUUCAAGACGAGCAUGACUUUAAGGAAAAUACUCUUAAGAACAGAGAACAUGAAAUGAACGGGCUGACACCGAAACAGCUGGAACACGAGAAGCUGCUGAUUGCAGAGAUGUGUUUGAAGCUGAAGAUCAAGAGAGGGGAAGUGGUUGGCCAGUUGGCGGAGGUGCUCAACAUGGCCGAGGCGGUCCAGUCAGACCUGAUCUCAGAUGAGCUGGCGGAGUGGAAGAAGAGGCAGCAGAUCUCCUGUAUCGGAGGACCACCCAACGCAUGUCUGGACCAACUGCAGAACUGGUUCACAGCGGUGGCGGAAAGCCUGCAGCAGGUGAGGCAGCAGCUGAAGGAGCUCCAGGAACUAGAGCAGAAGUACACAUACGACAACGACCCAAUCAAACAGCAGAAAGGCUUCCUGGAGGGGCGGGCCCUGACACUGUUCCGGAACCUCCUAGAACAUUCCUUGGUGGUGGAGAGACAGCCCUGUAUGCCCACACAUCCACAGAGACCUCUGGUGCUGAAGACACAGGUGCAGUUCACUGUCAAGCUCCGAUUUCUGGUGAAGCUCCAGGAAUUCAAUUAUCAACUCAAAGUGAAAGCUUUGUUUGACAAGGACGUUACAGAAAAGAAAGGGUUUCGUAAGUUCAACAUAUUGGGCACCAACACAAAAGUUCUGAAUAUGGAGGAGUCAAAUGGAAGCUUGGCUGCAGAGUUUCGCCAUUUGCAACUGAAAGAGCAGAAAGUAGCCGGCAACAGAACAAAUGAGGGGCCUCUCAUUGUGACAGAGGAGCUGCACUGCAUCUGCUUUGAGUCUGAACUCAACCAGUCAGGUCUGGAGCUCAAGCUAGAGACCAUCUCCCUGCCCAUCGUGGUCAUCUCCAACGUCAGCCAGUUGCCCAGUGGCUGGGCCUCCAUCCUGUGGUACAACAUGCUGACCAGCGAGCCCAAGAACCUGAAGUUCUUCCUGAGCCCUCCUGCAGCGUCCUGGGGUCAGCUGUCCGAGGUGCUGAGCUGGCAGUUCUCCUCUGUCACCAAGAGGGGACUCAAUGAAGAGCAGCUAGGCAUGCUGGCCGACAAACUACUGGGCCAGAAAGCACAGAGGAAUCCUGAGGGCCUUAUCCCCUGGACCAAGUUCUGUAAGAGUCUCAGUGAGAAGAGCUUUCCCUUCUGGCUGUGGAUCGAAGCUAUCCUGGACCUCAUCAAGAGACACCUGCUGUCCCUGUGGAACGAUGGUUGCAUCCUGGGCUUUGUGAGUAAGGAGAGGGAGAAGGCCCUGCUGACUGGGAAGUGUCCAGGCACGUUCUUGCUGCGCUUCAGUGAGAGUAGCAGAGACGGAGCCAUCACAUUCACUUGGGUGGAACACGACCAAUACAAUAAGCCUGUAUUCCAUGCAGUGGAGCCCUACACCAAGAAGGAACUGUCUGCAGUCUCUCUGCCUGACAUCAUCCGCACCUACAAGGUGAUGGCAGCUGAGAACAUCCCAGAGAACCCACUCCGCUUCCUCUACCCAGACAUCCCCAAAGACAAGUCCUUCGGAAAGUACUACGCUAGGGCCUCAGAGGCAUCAGAGCCCAUGGAUGUGGAGAGUUCCAGCAGCACAGGGUACAUGAAGACAGAACUCAUAUCAGUGUCAGAAGUUCACCCAUCUAGACUGCAAGACAACAUGAUGCCCAUGCCGCCAGACGUGUUCGGAGAGCUGAAGAGGAGCGUUGCACCAGUGUUCCAGUGUUGGACUGGUCCUAAGGAAAUUGAUGCUGUGACGUCUGAUCUCGGAGAGUUUUUAGCUGAAGACUUUCAGAUGUUUGAGAACACACCUGACUUGGACUGCAACUGAGCCAACAGACAUGUGGGACCUGAUCUUUUAGUUUUAUACUGAAGCCCAUUUCAUUUCCAUCCUUUACCCUCCUUGAACUUCAGUAGUCACAUUCCAGAACAAAUACACUUUUUGUUUGUACCGAGUCAGUUUUAGAAAUAUACAUUACACUUAUAAAUUUAUAUAUAUAUAUAUAUAUAUAUAUAUUACACAAUGAAUAAUUUGGUGAUAAUGUGCAUGAACAUAAAGCACUUAGCUAACUACUGUAACAUUUGUAUAAUGAAUAGGGACUCCUAUGUCUUUCCAUGCCACUAUUCAACAGCAUACAGUCCCGUGUGGUUAACUUGCGACGCCAGGGUUGUGGGAUCGAUUGUCAUGGGGGACCAGUUAAAAGUGUGAAAAUGUAUGCACUCACUACUGUAAGUCACUCUGGAUAAGAGCGUCUACUAAAUGACUCCAAAAAAGGAAUAAAGGGAGAUCCCAUCCAUCUUUAAAAUGAUAUCUUUAUUGUUUGAUCAUUGAAAUAAAUACAGUACCAGUCAAAAGUUUGGACAUACCUCCUCA